AUGGCGAGAGAUAGUUGCUUGACCAGAAUCACUGCGGGAGUCGCCGUUGGCGGCGCAGUUGGCGGCGCUGUAGGUGCUGUUUAUGGAACUUACGAGGCGAUUAGAUUCAAGGUUCCUGGGCUUAUGAAGAUCAGAUACAUAGGCCAAACAACCAUCGGUAGUGCGGCAAUCUUCGGGCUCUUUUUAGGUGCGGGAAGCUUGAUACAUUGUGGAAAAUCUUACUGA